AUGUCGUGCGAAGGUUGCGGAAAGUUGGAGCCUGCAAUGCAGUGCCCAACAUGCAAGAAACUUGGUCUUCCUCCAAGCUACUUUUGCACGCAGGAAUGCUUCAAGGAGAACUGGAGCAACCAUAAACUCAAACACAGCAACACUUCCGUUGCUAAUGUUCCUACCAUGACAGAUUGGGCCAUGAAAACGUUUGACUUCACCGGACCAUUGCGGCCGGGUAAGAUAACGCCACGCCGCGCUGUUCCGUCACAUAUUCCGCGACCAGACUAUGCUGACUGUGCAGGGGGCGUGUCUGCCUCAGAGGAAAAAGACCGAGGAAGUAAGGUGAAGGUAUAUAAUAUUCAGUUCCUUCACGAUGACAGCAAAAAGACUGCGGAAAUUCAGCGAAUCAAGACUGUUUGUCAGCUCUCGCGGGAGGUGCUUGACAUUGCGACGGCAGCGGCCAAACCUGGCAUCACCACCGAUGAGUUGGACCGCAUAGUGCAUGAAGCCACUGUCGAGCGUAACAUGUACCCGUCUCCGCUAAAUUACUACGGAUUCCCAAAAUCUGUGUGUACAUCUGUGAAUGAAGUUAUUUGCCAUGGUAUCCCUGACUCUCGUGAACUCGAGGAGGGAGACAUCUUAAAUAUUGAUGUUUCAAGCUACCUCAAUGGAUUCCACGGUGACCUGAACGAGACGGUAUUCAUUGGUCGGCCGGAUGAUGAUAGCGUCCGGCUUGUGCACGCUGCUUACGAGUGUCUCUGCGCUGGCAUUGGUGUAGUGAAACCUGAAGCCCUUUACAAGCAGGUAGGUGAUGCUAUUGAGGCCUGUGCUUCACAAUAUCAAUGCUCAGUGGUUCGCACCUACACGGGUCAUGGUGUUGGCCACCUCUUCCAUACAUCACCUACGGUGUGUCACUACGCCAACAACAAGAGUCUUGGCAUGAUGCGGCCAGGGCAUGUCUUCACGAUUGAGCCGAUGAUCAACUUAGGAACAUGGCAGGAUGUAACGUGGCCUGAUAAAUGGACAAGUACCACUAAAGACGGGCGCCGAAGCGCACAAUUUGAACACACGAUGGUCGUUACGAAUGGUGGUGUGGAGAUAUUCACAGAUUGGGUGGAUGGUGUCCCUACGUAUCAGAAGCAGCUGAAGGAAUGGGGAAUUAUGUUGCCGCAGCGUAAAGAAGUGGGAUCGGCUACCGCUGCUUGA